AUGGUCACGAUGCUUGCGUCAGCAGUUGUGAUAGCAACGAUGCUUCCUCUAGGCGUAAUGGCCUCAGGUCUGCAUCCUUUGGCGAUGCUCCAGCCACGAAGCCCUGCUGCAGAUGGCAGAGUUUGUGUUGUCACGCCGAUCCGGCAGCAGGCCGAAACCACUGGCUUCGGUGCUGUUGUUGUGGAUGACGUUCCUCAGAUCCUACAGGCGUUUGCUGACUGCGAUGGCGGCGGCACGGUCGUUUUUCCCAAGGGCGCGAGGUACACCAUAGCCUCUCGCCUCAACCUAGUUGUCAAGGACGUAACCGUGCACUGGCAUGGUGUAUGGGAGUUCUCCACCAACCUCACGUACUGGCGUGCCAAUGGGUAUCCCAUUGCCUUCCAAAACCAUCAAGCUGGCUUCGUACUCUCUGGCGAAAGAAUAUCAAUAAACGGACACGGGACAGGCGGCAUCGAUGGCGGAGGAGACAGCUGGUAUGCGGUCGAACAGGGCGUCACACAGGUUGGCCGUCCAAUGCCAUUUGUCCUUUGGAACGUCAGCGACGUGGUUGUCCGGCACUUCUCUGUGGUCCAGUCGCCUCUGUGGAGCAUCAAUGUGAUGAAUGGCAGCAAUCUAUGGUUCGAUGACAUUUACGUGAACAACACCGCAACGACAGCUCCACCAGGCAAGAACUGGGUUCAGAACACAGACGGUUUCGAUACCAUGGACGCACACAACGUAGCCCUGACCAAUUUUGUUUAUCAAGGUACAGGCGAUGAUGCAAUUGCAAUCAAACCAAGGUCCUUCAACAUCUACUAUCAGAAUUUGACAAUACACGGAGGCAAUGGCGUGGCCAUUGGAAGCCUUGGCCAAUAUCCGGAGGAAGACUCAUCUGUUGCCAAUGUGGUCGUCACAGAUGUCCGCCUCAUUGCUCGAAACAGCGACAUGCACAACUCAGCCUACAUCAAGACCUGGGUGGGCGAGACCGUCUUUCAGCCGCGUGGAAGUUAUGAAAGCGCUGGAAAGCCGAACGGCGGUGGCCGAGGAAGCGUGACCAACGUGGUCUUUGCUAAUUUCCACCUCGACGGCGCAGGCAGUGGCCCCGCUAUCGAUCAAGACAGCGGAAACAAUGGAUCGUACCCAGGAACAUCCAAUAUACUAAUAAGCAACAUCGCGUUUCGCAACUUCACGGGGACAUUAAAUGCCAAAAACAGUCGCUCUGCCGAAAUCAACACCAGCAACAAUCGGACUGCUCGGAUAUCGUGCUCAACUCGGCAGCCUUGUUAUAACAUCGACUUUCGGGAUAUUGCCCUUCAGCCCGCCCCGAACCUCUCGGCUGUGGGUGCCCAGGGCGAGUGCAAGUACGUAUCGCCUGGAGCUAUCCAUGGGAUGAUUGGUAAGGGAUGUUGA